CACCUGCUGAAACUGAAGACUUUCCAGAUGUCUGGAAAGUCUUUUCCUUGCAACUGAAAAAACAGGCAGGUGCAUUUAUAACAUUCUGUUUGAAAUGAAAAAUGUGAAAAAUAAGAAAGAAGAAUUGCAAAAUGUUUGCCUGAAAUAUUAGUGUUCCAGCAUUGCAAAGGAGACCAGAAAUCGUGUGAAACUGCCAAAAUUAGAAUUCUAAUUAGGACCGUUAAAGAAGACAGAACUCAAGGGUGGUACAAUUUUGAUGCUCCUAUAAUUUUUUUUAAGUGCAGAAAUGUCAAAUUAGAAAUUGGAUAUUUAAAAUGUUGGUAUUUCAUAAACCAGCAUUUUAAACGCAUAGAUUUCUACACAUUAUUAUGUGAUUUACAACAUAAUCAUCAUAUCUAUAAAAGAUUAAUUUCUAGUGUUGCAAUAAAAUGGUAGGCAAAUUAGAGCAGUAUGAGACCAUUAUUUUUCUUUCAAUAUUUGCAGUGUAUGAUUGUGGGUAUAGCUUCUUUUGAAGAUAAUGUUAGGGGUCUCAAAAAUGAGACUGAGAACAAAUACCCUCCUCCUCUGGCACUCUAAUAGACUCUGGUUUAAAUAUCCUCUGUCUUAACUCUAAUUUAAUAAGCUGAGGUUAGUGUCAUAUUGUAGUCAAUAUUAUCUAUCAAUGACAGAGCUAAUCAGCAAAAUACAUCAUAAGUGUAGUAGUCCUAGGUCCCCAUUAGGAUACAGAAUAACUGUAAAUUUCCUGAAAGGAAAUACUAUACGUAUAUUCUUCCACCCUAAACACAGCACAGUUUAUCUUCCCUUUUUGGUUUUGGUAACGUCACUUCUUUUUUUUCCUGUUCUCUACAAAAUUUAGUUUGAAUGAUUUUUUAAGAUAGACUCUUAUUGCAGACCUAAAACCUUAAUAACUAUUUCUUGACAGUUGGCUUUCUUGUGAUUUUGCAACUUGGACUGUUCAUCUUCAUAAGCUUGGUUUUUCAAUGCUAGUACGUUUGAAAUGGUCUUGAGGUUUUGUGGUUGCUGGUGAUGCUUUGCGGAACUUAGAACACUAGCUUCCUUUUGCUUGGUGAGCUUGCCAGUCCCUGUGAGUGCACACAGAUCAUGGAAGUGCCCCAGCAGCCUUGCUGUUAGAAAAGAGUCCUGUUUGGAAGUCAGACAAAUGGCUCAACUCUGCACCUUCUCUUGAGAACUUGGGCUUUUUCAGGUGACUUCUGAAGUAUGGCUGGCCACAAUAUUUCCUCCUGCGUUGAACCUAUACUGACACCCCAUUUAACCAGGCUCUACUUCGUUGUGCUCAUUGGAGGGCUGGUGGGCAUCAUCUCCAUUUUGUUCCUGCUAGUGAAAAUGAACACCCGGUCUGUAACCACCACAGCAGUCAUUAACCUGGUGGUGGUCCACAGUGUUUUUCUGCUGACAGUGCCUUUUCGCUUGACCUACCUCAUCAAGCACACUUGGACAUUUGGCUUGCCCUUCUGCAAAUUUGUGAGCGCCAUGGUGCACAUCCACAUGUACCUUACAUUCCUGUUCUAUGUGGUGAUCCUGGUCAUCAGGUUCCUCCUCUUCUUCAAGCACAAGGACAAAAUGGAAUUCUAUAGAAAACUGCAUGCUGUGGCUGCCAGUACCGGCUUGUGGCUACUGGUGAUUGUCAUUGUGGUGCCCCUGGUUUUUUCUCAUUAUGGAACUCAGGAGGGGUAUGAUAAAUACCACUGUUUUAAAUUCCACAAAGAACUUGCUCAUGUACCUGUGCAAGUCAUCAACUAUAUGAUAGUCAUUAUUGUCAUAAUCAUUGCGGUGAUUCUUUUGGUCUUCCAGAGUAUCAUCAUCAUGUUGAUGGUGCGGAAGAUACGCCACUCCUUACUAUCCCACCAGGAGUUCUGGGCCCAGUUGAAAAACCUGCUUUUUAUAGGGGUCAUUCUUGUUUGCUUCCUUCCCUACCAGUUCUUUAGGAUCUAUUACUUGUACACUGUGGCACACUCAAGUGAUUGCAACAACAAUGCUGCAUUUUACAAUGAAAUCUUCUUGAGUGUAACAGCAAUUAGCUGCUUUGAUUUGCUGCUCUUUGUUCUCGGGGGAAGCCAUUGGUUUAAGCAAAAGAUAAUUGACUUAUGGAAUUGCCUUUUGUGCCAUUAGCCACAAACUACAGUAUUCAGAACUACUUCCUUUAUAUUGAGAGUGAAGACAGGAAUGGUUAUUUCAUUACUUGAUUAAAAAACCAUGCCUUGAUGCGGUCAAACAGAAGGACUAUAAAAUGUCAGAGGAUUCAUUUCAGCCCUUAUUUAAUUCCUACCAUCUCUGAAUGAUACCUAUACAAGGACUAGUGAUGUUCAGUCCACCUGGAGUUACAAUACUGCAUUAUUUUCCAAUGUAAAAUGUCUACUUGGCCCAUCCAGGUACCAUGGGUCUAAUGGUUUCUGAGUUUUACUAGCUUAAUGUAGGCUUGUGGAUUUUUUCCCUCCUGCCCAUAUUUCUACUAUUUCCCUCAAAGUUUCAAAAUUGUGAAACUUUGGAACUGGUCUGGCUUCAUAUUUGAUCCUUCAGAACCUGAAGCAAUUCAUGUUAGGAAGGGAAGAACUGAAUGAAUUAAGGCAACUUUUUUUUUUUCCAGCAAGGUAAAUGCUCAGGAUUUAAAGAUUUUUCUUUAUUUGUUAUACUCUGUGGAUCCAUAAAUUCAUCAGAUGAAUAAGAAAUACCCCCGUGGUUUUUAUGAUCACUAAAAUUGUUGAGUCAUAGAAAUUAGUUUUGAGGGAAAAAAAGCAAUAACAUACUGUAUACAGGGCUUAUUCUCUAAAUUUCCUGUUUUAAAUUUUAUCUGUUCUUUUUUUCAAGUUCUUUUAAGAACUUAAUUUCUAUUUGUCUUCUUUUCUCAUCUUUUCUUAGUUUUUCUUCUUUCUCAUUUGACCUAUAAAUUUGUAAGAAAACUUCUAAGACCCCAAAAAAUUUUAAGAAAAUUUGCUAUUACCCAUAAAAUCUGUAGGAAAAUAAUUAUGGUAAAAUAUUUUAAAAAUUUAAAAAGUAUUUAUAGGAAUGACAUUGUUUCUCUUCUUAUAUAUCCAUGUCUUAUUAUCAUAAUAUCUGUCAGCUUGUAGAUUGUAUUAUAUAGUCUCUUACAGAUCUUAAAUAUGUUAAUGUCAGGCAAUAUGCUUUUCUCUGUAUUAUCACAUAUUAUAAUAAAGACCUAUUUAUAUAAAUAAAUAUAAAUAGGCCUAUUUUUGUGGACCUAUAAGAAAUAUUAUCCCAAAUAUAGAAAUGCAAUAUAUAAAAUAUCUUAUUCAUUAAUAUUUACAGAAUAAUGAAAAAAAUCCAUUUUGCCAGUUCUUUGUCUCGAAUUGUUUUAAAAAUAAGUCUUUUGCAGGACUGGGAGUGACAUUGGCCACUCAGGCCACUUUUGGACUGGUAUUUGAUGGCUGGGGUCAGAGGCUAGACACCCUGCCUUGUGCGCAAUUAAAAAUUAUCAGGACUUGCUCUGUAUUUGAAUAUUCUUCCAGACAUUCAUGAAGUAAAACCUAUGCUCAUAAUAAUCAGAACAGUUAGUUACUUUUUAUUCAGUUUUCAUAAACACAUAGCAUUUUCUUGGUAUGGUUUUAAUUUUCUGAAUUUUUCAGAAAUGCAGCUACCAUAGAUAUUGAGGAAAGAUUUUACUCUAUCUUCCUCAGAACUUUACCAAGAGUUGUUCAUUCCUUUGGGAAAUCACAGUAUCAAUGGCAACACCAUCUGUGGAAUUAACAUACAACACAACACACAUGUAAACAAUACAGGUGCCAACAUCAGACUGCCUCAUUUUGUCUCCUUUUGUGACCGAAUCUGAGCAUUUACUCAAUGAAAUACAUACAUUUUAUUAUAAAUAACUUCCUCUUUUGUUACUCAUAUAUAUAUACAUAUAUAAAACAAUUUGAACAUUAUAUAUGUGUAAAAGGGUUAUAUUAUCUGUGAAUUUUAUUUUAGAGUGGCAAAAGUGUUA